AUCCCCAUCCACAAGAUGAUCCGUGAGCUGGAGAGCCAAGGGGUGGUCAGCAAAACCCACUCACCCUUCAACAGCCCCAUCUGGCCUGUGCGCAAGUCUGACGGAGAAUGGAGAUUGACUGUGGACUACCGUGCCUUGAACGAAGUGACUCCACCAUUGAGCGCUGCUGUGCCGGACAUGCUGGAACUCCAGUACGAGCUGGAGUCCAAGGCAGCAAAGUGGUACGCCACAAUUGACAUUGCUAAUGCCUUUUUCUCCAUUCCUCUGGCUGCAGAAUGCAGGCCUCAGUUUGCUUUCACCUGGAGGGGCGUGCAGUACACCUGGAACCGACUGCCCCAGGGGUGGAAGCACAGCCCCACCAUCUGCCAUGGACUGAUCCAGGCUGCACUGGAAAAGGGUGAGGCUCCGGAACAUCUACAGUACAUCGAUGACAUCAUUGUGUGGGGGAACACAGCAGCAGAAGUGUUUGAGAAGGGAAAGAAAAUCAUCCAGAUCCUCCUGGAAGCUGGUUUCGCUAUCAAGAAGAGUAAAGUUAAGGGACCAGCUCAUGAGAUCCAGUUCCUGGGAAUAAAGUGGCAAGAUGGACGGCGGCAGAUUCCCACUGAGGUCAUCAACAAGAUUACAGCGAUGUCCCCACCAACCAAUAAGAAGGAGAUGCAAGCUUUCCUAGGUGCUAUAGGUUUCUGGAGGAUGCAUAUUCCCGAGUAUAGUCAGAUUGUGAGCCCUCUCUACCUGGUCACCCGCAAAAAGAAUGAUUUCCACUGGGGCCCUGAGCAGCAGCAAGCUUUUGCCCAGAUCAAGCAGGAGAUCGCUCAUGCGGUAGCCCUUGGCCCAGUCAGGACGGGACCAGAUGUGAAGAACGUGCUCUACUCAGCAGCCGGGAACAAUGGCCUGUCUUGGAGCCUUUGGCAGAAGGUGCCUGGGGAGACUCGGGGCCGACCCCUGGGAUUUUGGAGUCGAAGCUACAGAGGGUCUGAAGCCAACUACACUCCAACAGAGAAGGAAAUCUUAGCAGCCUAUGAAGGAGUUCAAGCCGCUUCGGAGGUGAUUGGUACAGAGACGCAACUCCUCCUGGCACCUCGACUGCCUGUGCUAGGGUGGAUGUUCAAAGGGGAGGUUCCCUCCACCCAUCAUGCCACUGAUGCCACAUGGAGCAAGUGGAUUGCUCUUAUUAUGCAGCGCGCCCGUAUGGGUAAACUGAAUCGCCCUGGGAUUUUGGAAAUAAUUACCAAUUGGCCUGAGGGUGAAAACUUUGGCCUCACAGAUGAAGAACAAGAGCAAGUGACACGGGCUGAAGAGGCUCCACCAUACAACCAAUUGCCAGCAGAGGAGACGCAUUAUGCCCUUUUCACUGAUGGUUCCUGUCGUAUUGUAGGGAUGAACCGGAAGUGGAAAGCAGCCGUGUGGAGCCCCACACGACAGGUUGCUGAGGCCACUGAAGGAGAGGGUGGAUCAAGUCAACUUGCAGAACUCAAGGCUGUUCAAUUGGCUUUGGAUAUUGCUGAAAGAGAGGGGUGGCCGAGGCUCUACCUCUAUACCGAUUCAUGGAUGGUAGCCAAUGCUCUGUGGGGAUGGCUGAGGAGGUGGAAAGAGGCUAAUUGGCAGCAUGGAGGGAAACCAAUUUGGGCUGCUAAGGAGUGGAAAGACAUUGCUACCAGGGUAGAGAGACUACCUGUGAAAGUUCACCACGUAGAUGCCCACAUCCCCAAGAGUAGAGCUAAUGAGGAACAUCGAAACAACGAGCAGGUAGAUCGGGCAGCAAAAAUAGAGGUGUCAAAGAUUGAUUUAGAUUGGGAACACAAGGGAGAGUUGUUCCUAGCUCGAUGGGCCCAUGAUGCCUCAGGCCAUCAGGGCAGAGAUGCCACCUAUAAGUGGGCCCGAGACCGAGGGGUGGAUCUAACCAUGGACAGUAUUUCUCAGGUUAUCCAUGACUGUGAGACGUGUGCUGCCAUCAAGCAGGCCAAGCGGGUGAAGCCCCUAUGGUAUGGCGGGCGAUGGUCCAAGUAUAAGUAUGGGGAAGCCUGGCAGAUUGACUACAUCACCCUUCCCCAAACCCGCCAAGGCAAGCGCUACGUGCUCACAAUGGUGGAAGCCACCACGGGGUGGCUGGAGACCUACCCUGUGCCCCAUGCUACUGCCCGAAACACCAUCCUGGGCCUUGAAAAGCAAGUCCUGUGGAGGCAUGGUACCCCCGAGAGAAUUGAGUCAGACAACGGGACUCAUUUCAAGAACAGCCUUAUUAACACCUGGGCUAGGGAACAUGGCAUUGAGUGGGUGUACCAUAUUCCCUACCAUGCACCCGCUGCAGGCAAAGUGGAGAGGCACAAUGCAUUGUUAAAAACCCAGUUGAAAGCAUUGGGUGGGGGAUCUUUCAAGAAUUGGGAGCAGCAUUUGGCAAAGGCCACCUGGCUGGUCAACACCCGAGGCUCCACCAACCGAGCAGGCCCUGCGCAGGCUGAGCCUCUGCAUACAAUAGAUGGAGAUAAAGUCCCAGUGGUGCAUGCCAGAGGUCUGUUAGGGAAGACAGUGUGGAUCAAAUCUGCCUCAAGUUCAGACAAACCCAUUCGUGGGGUUGUCUUUGCUCAGGGACCAGGUUGCACAUGGUGGAUAAUGCAGAAAGAUGGAACAACACGAUGUGUACCUCAGGGAGAUCUGAUUGUUGGGUGAGAAUCAUUUACAAACAUCACUGUCUGCUGAAUGUUAUUGCCAUUGUCUGUACAUUAAACCACGCAGAAUGAAAUAGAAGGAAAUGUGUAAGUGAGAGGGUAUUGCUUGUAUUCUUUUUUUCUCUGUGGGGAGAAUGGAUGGAAGUUUUAUGUGGAAUAUAUAUUGGUUCUGUCUGUAAGUCAACGAUAUGGGGAUAAGGGGUGGAAGAUGUCAUGGGGUGACUGUGUAUCCCCAAUCGUCUGUUGGGUGCAGGGGGGAGGGCAAGCGCGGUUUGUUUUUCCCCAGGAAAACUCUGCUCAUCGGAGUGACCUUGAAGCGGGGGAGCUGGAACACAGCAAGACAAAAGAAGCUCUGUUGUUUUUUCCCCGGCAGUUAGUUAGUUAGUUUAGUGCUAGCGUAGUUAGACGCUGUAGAAUAGCUGAAGCUUUUUGCUUUUUUUUUCUUUUUUCUUUUUUUGUCCUUUUUUCCUUCCUUUUUGCUUUUUUUGUCCUCUCCUCGGAACUGUUCCAACCUCUCCGGACUAAGGACCUGGGGAAGCACCGGGGGCCUCCACAGGGGACCCACCCCACCAAGACCAGCCCUGCACAUCUCCUUUUCUCCCAGCGUCAGCGGAGACGGAGCGGUGGAGCACAGUGACGACCCUCGAGGAGACUUUCUUUAAGUUUGUUAUCCCUCCGAAGAAAGGCAAUUAAUCAGAGCAGCUGGAAUAAGAGUUUGGGAAAAAGAGAACCCACAAGGGCCCCCCGGAG